AUGGAGUCCUCAUCUUCGGCGCCAACACAGCCUCCACUGCUGGGAUCAUGGGCUGAAUCGACCCCGAUGGCUCAUCUGGACGCCCAGCAGUUGCUCUAUCUCGGCCUUGCACUCUUUGUCGCCUUGGCCUCCUGUGUCAGGGCACUUGGGAGCAAAGAAGAAAGCAUUCCGUGCUUGAACCCCUCCAAAAGACCUCUGAUCUUCGGCAAAGACCCCGCUGCUUCCCAAAGCUUCGUAAAGAAUGCCCGAGGAAUAUUGGCCGAGGGUCGGAAACGAUUCCCAGGCCAGCCUUUCAGGAUCACGUCCGACUCGGGCGAGACGACCAUUCUCCCACCCUCGCUCAUCAAUGACAUUCGAAACGAGCCUGGCUUGAGCUUCAUCGAGGCCAUUUCGGAAACCUUCCACACUCACCUGCCCGGAUUCGAACCCUUUGCGACGGGCAACAGGGCCGACUCGCUCAUCCAGGUGACAGAACCGCUCUCUGAAGAGACGAGCUUUGCCACAGAGUUGGCCUUUGGCAAGUCAGCAGAAUGGAAAGAGUUUGUUCUGAAAACGGAGAUUCUCGACCUCGUAGCCCGUCUGUCUUCGCGCGUCUUUCUCGGCCCCGACGUCGCCCGCAACGAAGACUGGCUCUCCAUUACAAAAUCGUACACCAUCCACGGCUUCCUCGCCGCAGAGCAGCUCCGCAACUACUCGCCCUGGUGGCGCCGCCUCGCCAACCAGUUCCUGCCGGAGUGCAGGCUGGUGCGGCGGCAGCUCGUCGAGGCCCGCGCGAUCAUCGGCCCCGUGGUCCAGAAGCGGCGAGACGACCGCCAGCAGGCCGUCGACCGGGGCCUGCCGCCGCCGGUGUUCAACGACGCCCUCGACUGGUUCGAGGCCGAGAGCCACGGCAGCGCGUACGACGCCGCCAUCUGCCAGCUGUCCCUCUCCACCGCGGCCAUCCACACGACAACGGACCUGCUGACCGAGGUCAUGUUCAACAUUGCCAAGCACCCGGAAAUCGUCACCGACUUGCGGCAAGAGAUUGUCAGUGUCCUCACGGCAGAGGGCUGGAAGAAGACGGCGCUCUACAACCUCAAGCUCCUCGACAGCGUCGUCAAGGAGUCGCAGCGCAUGCGCCCCGUUGGACUAGUCUCCAUGAUGCGCACAGCCACGCGUGACGUGCCCCUCUCGAACGGCAUGGUCCUCCGCAAAGGCCAGCGCACCGCCGUCGACAUGGCGCAGAUGCGCGACCCGAACGUCUACGACGACCCCGACACCUUUGACGCCUAUCGCUUCGUCCGCAUGCGCGAUACGCCGGGCCAGGAGAACCAGGCGCACUUUGUCAGCACGGGCCCGGCGUCGCUGGGCUUCGGCCACGGACAGCACGCGUGCCCGGGGCGGUUCUUCGCCGCCAACGAGGUCAAGGUCGCGCUGUGCCACCUGGUGAUGAAAUAUGAGUGGAUAUUGGCCCCGGGCUGCGAACCCAAGGCGGCUGAGUUUGGCUUCUCGUUGGCCGUGGACAUGAAUGCCAAGGUCUUGAUGCGCAGGCGGGAGCCCGAGUUGGAUAUCGAUGCGUUGUAG